AUGAAAUCGAGGCAGUGUAAACAGUACUUCAGGAACAUGAAAAGAUCGGAUGACAGUGAGAGGGAAAAGAGGAGAAAGAGGCGCCGGCUGCUUCAGGAGUUGGGGGAGCAACGGAUCCCUUUCCUCUCUCCCUCUGACCCCGGCUUCCAACAGCUAUGGGACUCCAGCUACUCGGGUCUGGCGUUGCGGCAGGCCGGAGCGCUCCCCGAGGGCCUCCAUGAACGCGUGCGGUCAGCGUUGACCACUCUGCGGCGUCGCGGCUGCCUCCUGAGGGACCUGGUCCGCGUGCGGGACCGGGAUGUCUUCACUGCCGUGUCCCGUGCUUUGGUGGGUCAACCGGGCUGCACCUACCGCUACUUGGACACUCGCCUCUUCACCAUCCCUUGGCACUGCGAGGAAGAGGAGGGGCAGGUGCAGACUGAAGGCCAAAGCGAGAAGAACUGCUGUGACCCAGACCUGAAGAGCGCCUGCAAGGCAUUAUGGGAGCUCAAUCAGUUCUUCUGCACGGACAUCCAGCAUCACAAGAAUGCCCGGGGUGUCAAACGCAAACACAGCGAGACAGAAAACAGCGGCAGCCAGGAAGCCUCUAAAGAGGAGAGCAGAAGUGAGAAACCUGAAAAAGACCGAGUGCAGGAGGAGAAAGGGGAAAAGUCAGAGAAAGAGGAGCAUAAGGAGGGAGAAGAAGAUUCGGACAGUGGGCAGGGCUGCUCUCACUCCUCUCCUCCGCAGCCCUCGCUGACUGGCCCAGUUCAUUUUAACAUCACGCUCAUUAACUACAUGGACCCGGCCGGUAUGACUCAUCUGAAGGAGGAGCCCUACUAUGGCAUGGGCAAGAUGGCGGUGGGCUGGCACCAUGACGAAAACCUAGUGCCACUCUCACCUGUGGCUGUCUACAGCUACAGCUGUUCUGGAGAGACCAAACCUGAAGCAGUGAAAGCGCCAGUGGAGAAAGAAGGACAAACUUCAAAUGAAGGAGAAAAGGGGGGUGAAGAAGGAGGGAGCAGAGAGGAAGAGGAAGGGGGCGAUGAGGGCACGAGUAAAGAAGAAGAAGAGAAAGAGAAGGCAUGCUGGCGUGUGGGGCUGAAGGUGGCCUGGGACAUCCACACGCCGGGGCUGGCCCUGCCGCUGCAGUCUGGAGACUGCUAUUACAUGACAGAUGACCUGAACAGGACACACCAGCAUUGCGUACUGGCAGGGGACACAGCCAGAUUCAGCUCAACGCACAGAGUCGCACAGUGUACAACAGGUACCUUGGAGUACAUCCAGAAACGCUGCUCUGAAGCUUUGGAAAACUUACACACAGAUCCCGAGACUGGUACCAAGAGUCUACGCUCUCUACUCCCUUUCACCCUGCAGCACAUAGAAGACAUCCAUAAUGAGGUGGAGUUUGAAUGGCUGAGGCAGUACUGGUUCCAGGGCCACCGCUAUGCUCGGUUCUGCAGCUGGUGGAGCAAACCCAUGGAGCGCCUGGAGACAGACUGGAAGGAGAUGGAAAGAAUGACUCAGCUGCUGUUGGCGGUGGUGGAGGAUGAGAGCAGUGUUCAGGAGAAUAGAAGAGAAAUGGCUGAGACUCUGCUGAAUGCUCUGACUGACAGACAACAACACAGACAGACCUGGAGGGAUAGAUGCCAGUCGAGCCUGGCACAGACUUUGCCCCCUGAAGAAGCACCUGUGGACAGACCAUACUGGAGCAAUGACGACCCGGACAUGCCCUUGCCCUUUGACCUCUCUGACAUCAUUAGCCGUGUGGAGUCACUCCUCUGGAGGAUGUAAGGAUUUUGUCAGAGCAUGGGAGAAGAGAGACAGAAAAAAGCCUGUGGUACCCCAUGAAGGAAACAGGUUGCCGGUGACAUGAGAGCAGCGCUUACCUGGUCUAUUUCUCCCUCACCUGAGGAUGAACACUUUCUCACACACACACACACACACACACACACACACACACACACACACACACACACACACACACACACACACACACACACACACACACACACACACUCUCACUCAGUCACACACACACACUCACCCACUCAACACCAGACUCCGCCACCGCAUGGAUGGAUGGACGAAUGAAAAUGUGCAGAUGCUCACCAAAGGUGAAACCUGGACGAGACUUUUAUUUUUCUCAGUCCUUUUCGUCAGUCCUUUCAAUGCCCUUCUUUAGUGUUGUAAUGGAAACGCAUAUAAACAUUUCAGCAGUAGCAUCCAAUAACUAGGCAUCUAGCUCUGUGUCUUUUUUUGUUUGUUUCUAACGUUCCAUGUAGCCUCUUUUUCCAUGAGAAGCCUUGCCUAACAUGCAUCACAUAUAUGAUAUACACAAUGCGCUUUAAAAUGCUCUUCUUUUGCUAGUUGUUUGUUGUACCUUUGCGAGAAAGUGUAGGAUAGAAUCCUAGCAACCCGGAUAUGAGGUCAUGGGGCGAGCCAUGUGGUAUCAUUAGUGUGCUGUAGUCUUUAGUCCUGCGUGUCAGUAUUGUCUGUCAGUAUUGUGUUGUAUGUUUGCUUGUGUCUGGAAGUCAGCCCUAAUGUUUUGUGUGUGUGUGUGUGUGUGUGUGUGUGUGUGUGUGUGUGUGUGUGUGUGUGUGUGUGUGUGUGUUUGUGUUUGUGUGUGGAUGACAAGUGAGCUUGUUGAGGAUGUUAUACUUUGUAUGUGCCUAAAAGUCAUCGUGUGUGUGUGCGUGUGUGUGUGUGUGUGUGUGUGUGGAAGACAAGUGAGCUUGUUGAGGAUGUUAUACUUUGUAUGUGCCUAAAAGUCAUUGUGUGUAUGUAUUUAGUAUGUAUGAAUUUUAGUGUCACAGUUCAUCUCAUUGUGUGUGUGUGUGUGUGUGUGUGUGUGUGUGUGUGUGUGUGUGUGUGUACAGGAGACCUACAGUUUUAUGUUUUUUCAUUGGCCUUGCCUGAAGUUGUUCAAUGCAACUUGGCAAGUGAAAAGGUCUUAAAUGUAGUCAAUAUCUCUCUAUGAGAUUGUUGUAUGAAUAUUAGAAUAGUACCAGAAUAUUAUGAGAUAGUAUUAUAAUAUUCUGAUUUUUUACUUGUUUUAAGUAAUUUUAUCUGGUGAAAGUCUCUUACUCCAUGUAAUGGCAGACAAUUUUGUUUGUUUUGUGAUAUCCUCAUAUAUUCUUAUCUGUAUUUUUUUCUUGAAAACAAGAAUUAUUAUCUGCUAAUGAAAUAAGACACUUUCACUAAUGAAACAUGGAAAAACAAAUUUUUGACUCAUUAUGACUUUUUCAAACCAUCCUGUGAACUUCCCACUCCAUGGACUGCACAGUCUAUUUCAAAUUCACUGUUUUUAUGAUGCCACAGAAAACCGAACAUAAAUAUGUAAGAUGACUAGGAUAUAUAAAUAUAUCCUAUUCAUCUUAAAGUAGAUUAGCCCUGUCUUAGCUCAGGCACAGUAACAAAAACAGUCUGUUUGAUUUAAAGGAUUAAAAAGAGGUUGGAAAGUGAUCAUGUAAAGAUGACUUAUGACUUUAUGGUGCAUACCACCUUACAGUGUUCUUUAAAAUUGUAUGAAAUAUUAAAGAUAUUGACUAAAUUUAAGAUGCCAUUUUUUUGCAGUGCAUGUGUUUAUGUGUGAGAUGCUUUGAAUCUUUUUCUUGCUGUAAAGCUACAUCCACACAAACUUUCCUGUUAGAAGUAAAAGACGUGCUUAGUUUAGUGAUUCUCCCAUUGUAUUCAGUCACAAGAUCCUGCAUUCCAAACCAUGUGAAUGUAGCUUACUGAUUAAUUUUUGAGUGUCUGUCUGUGUGUGUGCGCAAAUAUGGGACCAUGAGUGAGUAUACGUCUGGAUACAAAAGGAAUUGUGUGUGUGUGUGUGUUUGUAGGAAUUGUGGUGUGAAAUUAGGUGGUGGGUUUAAUGCAGGUUGAGGGGGCUUGCUAGGUAGCAUUAAGUUCCAUAGACAUCACUGUAGUGAGGGUGACAAUGACCAUUGGGCACCUGCCCCACUGCAUUGUUGCUGCCAUCACCACAGAGAAAAAAUGAGUUUUAAAACACAACACCUGAUUGCUGACCUCGCAUUUAACUGCUACUACAACAACUAACAGAGUAGUCUUGCAGGGCCAGUCGUGAUCUCAUAAAGAGAACUCAUCAACAUUGUCCAAGGGACAGCAAGCUUGUCAUUAGCCGAUGGAUGUAAUGCGGGUUAGCAUGGCUAGAAAGACAUCCCAUGAAAAAAAAGCAGGUCAAUGAGUGUUACAUGUACAAAGAACACAUUACAUAUGGUAAAACUAAUUAUUCCAUCUUGCAAGAGAAAAGACUUCCUUAGUUAACAAUGAUGUUUCAUUAUUUAGCUGGUUUUUUGUGUGCUAUUCAUUACUUCAGACGUUAAGAGUGCACAGAUUAGAGAAAUGUGGGUUGGCUUUUAGUGGAGAUGUGCCCUUGUUUGUCCCAGAUGUGUUUUCUCAUUAUGAGAUCAUGUGUGGCCCAGUAAGACAGCUGAGAGAAUAGCACGGUAGGUAGAGGCUAAUUGGCUAAGCCCCGCCCUAUGUUUUACUGCACUGUGAAAAAUGUUUAGAGCAAAUGGUUGAAGACCAGUUUUUGCAUCAUUCUUUUUUACAGUACUUAACUUUGUUUUCUUUACCAUGGUCACCUUGUACUGCUUGCCUAGUUCACCAGCUAGGUGUUGGCAUUGGAAAAAAGUCUAAUUCCAUGCCUUACUUCACACCGUUGUUGGAACAUUACACAACCAAUAGCGACAUGCAGCCAUGUAAACAUUGUCCCAAAUGCCGAAGAUUUUCAGCGUUGAAUGAAGAGUUUUGGUGGUCAUUUUUAUUUGAUUAACAUUGAACAUAGACUACAAAAACACCUCUGCAGCUUUGAAUCCAUUGUGUAUUAGAGAAGUGCAAGACAAAUUAUAGUUUUUGUCAUUUCUAUUGACAUUGGAGGGCUCUUUUUUCUUUCGAGCUGUUAGAAAUAUGUGGCUUAUAUGUGACGAGGCCUAGGCUCAUCCAGCUCCCACCCUCCUGUAGCUAUGUCCCUGGUGUGUGCAAAUAUAGGACUGUAUGUGUAUGUGUGUGUAUGUUUAUGUGUGUGUGAGAGAGAGAGAGAGAGAGAGAGAGAGAGAGAGAGAUGUGCUAAUGUGGGACUCUGUAUGUGUUUGUGCGUGUGUGUGCAAAUGUGGGACCAUGCAUGUGUGUGUCCUCCUAAGCUGAGUAGUGUUAAUAGGCAGCUCGGACUGAACCUUUCACUUCCUGCUUUGCAUAACAGCUGAUUGCCUCCUAACGCCUCAGUAUACAAUAGCCCCCCACUAUCUCUGCCCUGCUGCCGGCUAUGGAAGGAACACACAAUCAUCUAUAAACAACUGAAAUAAUGAGGGAUGAAAUGCACUAAACCACAGAUAAACGAAUGAAGGAUGGAGAGUACUGAACAUCCUGUAGAGGAUUGAAGCACAAGAGAAAAGCACUAGAACAUCGAAACGAAUGAAGAAUGGAAGGAGAAAAAAAGGAUGAUUGUUGAAGCCAAGCAGCCUUCUACUUUUUGUUUAUCUUUUUUCUAUGUUGUCAGUGUUACAGUAGAAGACCUGUAUUAUGAUAUUCGAUUCAGAUGCUAAAAAUGUGUUUUAUACUUUUAAAGUUUUAGAGACGUUGAUGGUUGCCAAAUAUUGUGUUACCUUGCUGCGUAAAUGCUCUACUGUUUGUAUGUAAUUUUAUUUUUAACAGUGUUUAUUUUAUUUCUCGCUCUCUGCGUUGUUCCAGAUUCUUUCUUUAGCGCUCAAAGCCUAUUGCGUUUCUGAAAGCAUUGUGUGUGCAAAGCACUAGCUAUGAUAGAAAAUAAAAGAAGAUGCUGUUUUA